GCCGUCGUCUUAUUUAUCGAGAACCAGCAAAUAUAAAAUCAAAUCGCAUUAGAAAUUCCAACGUCAGAAACUCAGAUAAAAAAAUCUGAAUUACGGGACAGAGAUAUUUGUUUGGUUCAACAUUGAAGAUGAAUGUCAAUUAUGGUGAGGUGUAUGACAACUUAAAGCAAGCCCGAGAGCACUGCUUGUUUGGCAAGUAUGACACCUCUGCAGUCUACUACCAAGGCGUUGUACAGCAGUUGCAGAAAAUCUUGAUGACAGUCAAAGAGCCGCAAAGGAAAGCAAGAUACCAGAAGCUUCGCAUGGAGGUCAAUUCUGAGUAUGAACAAGUGAAGGAUAUUCAGAGCAUUCUGAUGAGCCUGACCUCAGAAAGCCGCUUCUCCAAUGCCCAGCCAGACUAUGGCUACAGAUAUGAUGACUUGUCACGGCAAGAGGAGCCCACACGCGACCCUGAUGUCUGGCCUCCCCCCACCCCUGUUGAAAACAGGCCAUCUCCCAACAUUCGUGGUAACAUUCCUAACAAAGCUGCCCCCAAAAAGUCUGAGCCAAGCAAGUACCGCUCCAAGCCGUCUGGGAGCACACCUCAGGGAGGUAACUAUGGACAACAGGGACAGCAGGGUCGCGGAGGGCGACCUGGGGACCGGAGGGCUGAUCCCAGCAAACCAAAGAAAAAGGAAGAGGGUGAUGAAAAGAAGUUUGAACCAAGUGGCCAUGACAAAGAUCUUGUUGAAAACCUGGAGAGGGACAUUGUUCAAAAGAACCCAAAUGUACACUGGAUUGACAUAGCGGACCUCCAUGAGGCCAAGAAGUUGCUGCAAGAAGCUGUUGUGCUGCCCCUUAUCCUUCCAGAAUUCUUUAAAGGCAUUCGACGCCCUUGGAAGGGUGUUCUGAUGGUAGGGCCACCAGGCACAGGCAAAACCCUUCUGGCCAAGGGGGUUGCAACGGAGUGUGGGACCACUUUCUUCAACAUUUCCUCCGCCGCACUCACCUCUAAGUGGCACGGGGAGUCAGAGAAGCUCGUCCGCUUGUUGUUUGAGAUGGCUCGUUUCUAUGCCCCCAGUACCAUCUUCAUUGACGAGAUCGACUCCAUCUGCUCCAAGAGAGGCACGGGCUCGGAGCACGAGGCCAGUCGACGUGUCAAGUCUGAACUCCUCAUACAAAUGGACGGUGUGGCAGGUGCUUGUGAGAGUGAAGACCCGACCAAGAUUAUCAUGGUGCUGGCAGCCACCAACUUCCCCUGGGACCUGGAUGAAGCUCUGCGUAGACGUCUAGAGAAGAGGAUCUACAUCCCCCUGCCCACAACCGAUGGUCGUGAGGAGCUGUUGAAGAUCAACCUAAAGGAGGUGCCCCUGGCCGCAGAUGUUAAUCUGAAACAGGUGGCAGAGCUCCUAGAGGGCUACUCAGGAGCGGACAUCACCAAUGUAUGCAGGGAUGCUGCAAUGAUGUCGUUCAGGCGGCGUAUCAAGGGCCUCAGUCCUGAGCAGAUCAAGGAGAUCCCCAAAGAGGAGCUCAACCUGCCCACCUCCAUGGAGGACUUCAUGGAGGCCAAGAAGAAGGUUAACAAGUCCGUCUCCAAGGACGACCUCAAGAAGUACGAGGAGUGGAUGAAGGAGUUUGGAUCUGUGUAAACCACUGGCAGUGAAAGAACUACUGAAGGAAAUGUCCAUUGCUUUGUUAAUAUAGUUGUAAUGAAAUUGUGAGUGUAUACACAGGUUCUCACAUCACAUGAGUGAAUGUGUACUUUAUUGGUGGAGAUGUAGUAUCCAUAAGCACAACAUGUCAAUGUUCAUCUGUAUGUUAUUUGCACAACUAUUUAAAUUUGACAUGAUUUAGUUUAUUUUAUACGUGUUGCUGAACAUCCUGAUUGAUAUGGUAACAUUAUUUAUUCAUGUAUUUGUUUCUUGAUUUUUAUUUUUUGUAAGGUCAUAUAGUGCACUCAUGUUUUUAAAUACCAAUUAAUGCCUAAUUAUUUUAUUUAUCUAUAGAAGUAAGGAAUACCAACAUAAUGACGGUUAUGUAUGGUUGAAAAUGUACGGGUCAGCUUGUUUGUUCUUUAUCUUAACUUCAUUUAUUAUUAUUUAUGUAACUGUUGGAGACUAAAGGUCAACCCCUGUCUGCCUGUCAGUAAGUGUGUCCAUCCGAUGGAUCCUGCUAUAACUCAUUAAGAACCUAAGUUAAGUAAAUGACACUCAGUAUGUUGCUAGAGGGCCACAUAGUGUGCUAAUGGGGAGCUUUUAUGUCUACUGUUGGUCAUCGGACAUGUUUAUGUGUGUUUGAGGUGCAUGCAUGCUUUCAGCUACUUCUUCUUGUGAACCUUUAGACAGAUUUUCAUGAAACUUCAUAGGAAUGAUCCUUGGAUGACCCACUUUCAAAGCUGUUCAAAUCACUCCGAUCUGUUGAAUAUUUAGGUCUCCAGAUCUAUUAUAAGAUUUUACAAAUUAAAACUAAAAUAGAACUCUUCUGAAAUCAAAAGGGUCAGGAGUAGAAUGUGUGGUGUUUAACAUUGUCUUGUGGUCCUCUACUAAGUUUGUCUGCUGUUGUUUGAAAUGGCCAGGCCCCAAGGGACAACAUGACUUAUCAAAGAAAGCGAAAUAACGAGCAAAAUCUUCUCAAUUGGGUUCAAAAUGGCCGUUUUUAGGCUGUCUUGUUUCCCUUAUAUGAAUUAAGAUAUUACUUUAAACACCUUUAUUAUGACACUGAAAGGCCCAAAUGUUUGAUAUUGGUUAUGAAACAAAAUAUAUUGGUCCUUUGUAAAAUGUGUUCAAAUUAUACCCUGAUGUUUCAAUUGGAUAGGCCUUCAUUCUUAAAUAAACAAAACAUGACCACCAAAAGGCAAUGUAGUUUUCGCUGCUUUAAGUGCAACCAAGAAUUUUGUUUUGUCCAAUCAUCAUGAAACUUGCUCAGAAAAUCUACUUUAAUAACUUGGUUGAUUUCUUAAAGCCGCCUAAGUUGAUGUUUGUAUAUUUUCCCAUUUUUGUUAUGUGUCGCAAAAAGGUGAUUACAAGUCAAAAUGUGUUUGUAUUUGUCAGAUGUGCAAAAAAUUUGGUCAAAAUCGGUCAAGAACUGCCAAAUUCAGUACAAAGAUAGGGCUUUUCAAUUUCUGUGCAUGCACAGAAAUAAUCUAAAUUUAAACACGUGCGGGUCACAUGUAAACCCACGUGACCAUUGCAUCAUUGUUUACAAAGCAUGAAUGAUGAAUAAUCAUGUCAUUACCCGUUUACAAUGGGACAAGCAAACAGACAGGACAUACCAGCAUAAUGUUUUGGAGGGUGAUUUUUUGUCGAUAUCUAUGCAUAUAACUUGACAAAUUUCAAAAACUUUCAUCAAGCUUGAUAAAAACUCCUUUUGUUUUCAAUCCACAAAUCGGCCUUAUUGAAUUCCCUCUGAUCUGAGAAAUAGUUUUUAUGCAAUCAGCUUGCAUUCUUUUUACGAACAUGAUAUUCAAUACACAAUAAUCCUCAAUUAUCCAUUAAGACAAAAACAUGUUUUAUUAUCACUUUGCAAUCGUUGGAAAAUUGCUUGUGUUAUUUAGUAGUUCUUCUUUGUUUUGAAAUGCGCAGAAGUGAAAAUCACAUGAAAUUGGCGCUCAAGUGACCCAAAGCGUACAUAUGUCACAGGUUAAUAAAAGUAUUCAGGAUUCCAUUAUGUACAUGAUUAGGUUUCGUAUUUUUGAUGCUUUUGGCAUUUUUUGGCACAAUUUUUGAGAAAAUCAGUAUGGAAGAGUUAAGCUUAAGAAUGUAUCUGACGAAUACUGAUCAGUUCUGGUUAGUCGAGAUAACCAAAUUGUUGUGAGAAAUAUCAACUCCAGCGACUUUAAAUGAUUACUGAAACAUUACAAAAGCUCCUGAGAACAAUUCAGUUCCUUUUAAUUUCAGGUGAGUGAAAUAGAGCAUUUUGCACUCUUGUUUAGUCUUACCGACACACUGCUUUGGUUAAAAGAUUUAAUUGGUUUGCAUUCUGCCAUAUUAAAGUUAUAAAGCUAGGUUAAACUU